AUGACUAUUAAGGCAUCUCGCUUUUUGCUAAUGGCGACGGCUUUGUCAUUAGUCGGCGAUUGUUUCUGCGAAAUCUCGACGGUCAAAGAUGAGAUUAAAAGCAUCACAAGCACUCAAGCCUCUGCGGCUUUUAGUAAGAAAGCGAGUGUGAAGCUAUUAGACCCUACAGUAGCGCCGAGUAGUGCUAUGUUAACUACAAAGGGAAAUAGAAAAACAACAAAAAUGUUAAUGGCGAACGAGAGCUCGACAACCGCGCGCUAUUCUACGACUAAAGUGCAUGCGAGCAUAAAAGCCGUCGUGAAAAGUGCAAGAAGGCAAAAGUUAAACACUAGUUCCAGUGGGACGGCGAGCGCGGGGCAUUCAGCGCGGCUUCAAGAGCGGCUGGCGGCCUUAGAUUGCAAUCUGCCGGUGCUGCCGAGUGCGUCACGACUCUGGCGCGGCAACGAAACGCAUGAGCUCAAUCUACCCGUCACGAUGGCGGAGGAGUGCGGGGGUGGUCCGGGGGGCGGAGCGGGCGCCGACGAGGAGUGCCCCCCGGUCAUCGUGUCUUGGGAGGGCUCCACCGACAUCCAGAGCGGAGACAUACUUAUCGUACGGAUCGCAGACACUCUCCUCAUUGACAACUCUAGCCAACUUGCCACAAAGAACGCCACUUCUGAAGCAAACUCUUCACAUGACGUAGAAAGGGCCCACCACGCCCUCCUGCAGCCGGCAGUGUACCAAGUGACUCGGCAAGGCCACGAACACUGCGAUGUUUCAGAUGGAAUGCUUCUGGAUAUAACACCUUUAGACGAACAUGGAGCUAAACUCUUUACGUUGUAUGACAAGGAUCUUACUGAGGGUGUCAAUUUGCUUAUAGUGGUAUCAGAGAAUUGGGGUUCAAAAUGUGUUCGGCUCAAAGUAACAGUGAAAUCGGAUAAUUGUGGCGACAACCAAGAUUGCUCGGGCAAAGGAGUUUGUUACACGAACGUUUCAAUGGAUGGGUACGAAUGCCAGUGCUGCCCGGGCUACAUCGGCUCGCACUGUGAAGAAAGGGACCCUUGCUAUCCGUCACCGUGUCUGAAUAAUGGCAUAUGUGUCGAGCUCCCGCAAUCAGUCAGCGGCGCCAACUACCAUUGCCUGUGUCCGUUUGGCUACGUGGGCAAGAAUUGCGAGAAGGACCCUUGCUCUUCAGCUCCAUGCACGAACGGCGGGUCGUGCAUGAGCAUCGCCAUGAACGGCACGACCAUGUUCCACUGCGCGUGCGCACAAGGCUGGGCAGGCGCGCGCUGCGAGCUGUCCAUAGCGGCUGGCGCCUGCGCUUCCAAUCCGUGCGAAAAGGGCAUCUGCGUUGAACAACUGGACAACGACAUUGAAGGGAAAGAGUACCGCUGCUUUUGUGAACCAGGAUACACAGGUGAAAGAUGCGAGUUGGAGUACAACGAGUGCGAGUCGUCUCCAUGCGAGCAUGGCGGGACCUGCAGCGACCGUGUGGCGGGCUUCGAGUGCUUCUGCGGACGCGGCUACACCGGCAACACGUGCCAACUGAAGGUUGACCUGUGCUCGCCGAACCCGUGUUCCGAACGCCAGUUCUGUGUGGACCGUGGUAACAACUACGCCUGCGAAUGUCCCCAUGGCUUUGUCGGGGAAGAGUGCCAUAUACCAACCAGAUCGGCUUGUGACACCACCCCGUGCGCUCAUGGAGGCACCUGCUGGAGUGAUAUGGACUCCUUUUACUGCUCCUGCCGCCCAGGAUACACCGGAAAACUAUGUGAAGAGGACUUCAUCUUGGAGUCCGUGGUGGGUGACGAAAGGGAGAUAGAAGAGCGUCGUGGCGGAGGCUCGGUUCGCGAGGUCCGUCUGCCUCUGGGGCUGUACCAUGAUCGCCUGCACAAUGUGUAUAUAGCGGCCGGUACCCUGGGGGCUGCAAUCGCGAUCGUCGGAGUUGUGGUGACAGCGUGUCACUGCCGGGUAAACAAGACCUACUCUCGCAUCCUGUCGCGGCUGUCCCGCGUCACCGAGCCCGGCCCCACGCACCACUGGCUUCAGGACAAACGUGCUCCACCCGCCUCCGCUCCAUUCCCACCACCAUCUGCUACUCUUGACACCACAGAUAUGUACUACACUCUUGACUUCAGCGACAGCCAGAGCUCCCCACUCAUUCAAUAGCAAUCAUUGUUGAACUGCUCCGAAGGGGAACGGUUCAAAAUUCAGAUAUAAUGGGCUGAGGAAAGCGCCGCAAAAUUGGCUGGAGUAGUGCUAUACCGACAAAUACCAGAUCAUCAUGUUCGAUGAAGGACAAAUUUAUAACGCAAGGAACAGUUCGUCGACUUAUAGCAGAUCAAGAAAAGGCGGAAUAAGUACUUGUUGGA